ACAAAUCAUACUCAUCCCAUUUCAAUUAAAUCUUGUUCUGUAAUCCAAACAAUUAUUCAUGACGACUCUUACUACCCAAAUGUCAUUUCUUUUGCUGCUUCUUUUAUCUAUAACCAUAUUUUACAGAAGUUUAUCUAUAAAUGAUCACAGGAUGGUGUCAUGCCAUGAGAAAGACCGGGAGAUACUUUUAACUUUCAAAAAGGGAAUCAUUGAUCAUAAUGGUCGAAUUUCAACAUGGACAACCGAAAAUGAUUGUUGUUCUUGGGAAGGGAUCCACUGUGACAACAUUACCGCAAGAGUUACACGAGUUGAACUAUCCAAAUAUUUGAAAGGUGAGAUGAAUCUUUUUAUUUUAAAACUUGAGUUUCUCAGUCACUUGGAUUUGAGUUUUAAUGAUUUUGAUAGGAUAAGUAUUCCAUCCAAUCACCAAAACAUCACACAUGUAUCUAAACUUCUGUACCUUGACUUAUCAUGGAAUGAUUUCAUUCACAUGGAUAAUCUUGAUUGGCUUUCUCCUCUUUCUUCUUUGAAAUAUCUCAACCUUGAGGGUAUUGAUCUUCAUAAGGAAACCAAUCGGCUCCAAGCAGUGGGACAAAUUCCUUCACUAUUAGAGUUACGGUUACUAGGUUGUAACCUAAAAAACCUCAAGCUCAACCCAUCUAUUGAAUAUUUGAAUUUUUCUUCACUUAUAACUCUUGAUCUUUCUCUAAACAACAUCACCUCUCAUUUACCUAAUGCAUUUUUUAAUCUCACCAAAGAUAUCACCUAUCUUUAUCUUAGUCACAACAAUAUACCAGGUGAGAUACCUUCAAGCUUGCUAAACCUUCGAAAUUUGAGACACCUUGAUCUCUCUCAUAACCAACUCGGAGGAUCCAUUCUAAAUGAAAUAGGCCAAUUACCACAUAUUGAAACACUUGAUCUUUCCAUGAACAUGUUAAGUGGUUUCAUUCCUCCAUCUCUAGGAAACCUUUCAUCCUUACGUUACUUAGAUCUUUCCUCUAAUAAUUUAUGUGGUGAAAUAUCAAAAACAACUUUUUCCAAACUCAAAAGUUUAGAUUCACUAGACUUGGGUAGUUUAAAUGUUGUAUUUGAAUUUGAUUUUGAUUGGGUUCCUCCUUUUCAACUAUAUUGUCUAGUUUUGUCACAUACAAAUCAGGGCCCAAACUUUCCAUCUUGGAUAUAUACACAAAAGUCACUAGAAAUUCUUGACUUAUCGAGCUCAGGGAUUUCCAUAGUAGAUAAAAAUAAGUUUUUGAGCUUUAUACAAGGAAUAUUUAAUCUUCAUUUGUCAAAUAAUUCGAUAUCCGUAGACAUAUCAAACCUGACAUUAAAGGGUGUUUCUUUCAAGUUGGAUCACAAUAAUUUCACCGGGGAACUCCCAAACAUAUCACCAAUGGCCAUAUUUGUUGAUUUGUCUUACAACUCCUUUUCAGGAUCAAUUCCACAUACUUGGAAUAACUUAAGAAAAUUACAAGUCAUUAACUUAUGGAGUAAUAGGCUCUCUGGUGAAAUUUCAUUGGACCUCUUUAAUUCUAAUUUAUACUUCAUAAACUUGGGAGAAAAUGAAUUUUCUGGAGCCAUACCAAUCAUGAUGUCCAAAUAUUUAGAAUUGAUCAUAUUGAGAGCUAAUAAGUUUGAAGGAAACAUUCCACCACAGUUGUUCAAACUUUCUUAUUUGUCUCAUCUGGACCUUGCACAUAACAAACUUUCAGGUUCUAUUCCAAAGUGCGUAUACAACUUGACUCAUAUGGUUACUUUUAACAUGAAUGUAUGGUGGAUGAGUGUUGUACUUGAGUUGUUUACAAAAGGUCAACAUUAUUUGUACACAAUUGACCCGAAGAGGCGAACUAUUGACCUUUCAUCCAAUAGCUUGUCUGGAGAUUUACCAUCAGAAUUAUUUGAACUUGUUCAAGUUCAAACAUUAAACCUAUCUCACAACGAUUUUACUGGAACAAUACCAAAGACGAUAGGAGGAAUGAAAAAUAUGGAAUCUCUAGAUCUCUCUAGUAAUAAGCUUUAUGGUGAAAUUCCACAGAGCAUGAUUCUCUUGAACUUUUUAGAGUAUUUGAAUCUAUCUAACAACAAUUUAAAAGGAAAAAUCCCAAUAGGAACUCAACUUCAAAGUUUUAAUGCAUCGAGCUACAUUGAAAAUCCAAACUUGUGCGGAGCUCCUCUAAACAAUUGUACCACUGAAGAAGAAAGUUCUAAAACUGCAACACCAUCUAGAGAAAAUGAGGAUGAUGACUCUAUAAAAGAAUCAUUAUAUCUCGGUAUGGGAGUUGGAUUUGCAGUAGGUUUCUGGGGAAUUUGUGGUUCUUUAUUUCUGAUCAGAAAAUGGAGGCACGCAUACUUUCAGUUUGUUGAUGGAGUGGGUGACAAGCUCUAUGUAACUUUGAUGAUAAAGUUAAAUAGCUUUCAUAGAAAUUGAGCUUCUGCAAGAAAUGGCGAAUAAAUGUGUACUUCAGAUGCUGCAUUAUUAUGAGAUGCGAUCAUAUGUGAUUGUACGGUAGUAGAUGCUGAAUUCUUCUUCUACUUGUUGUACUGUUGUUAAAUGACCUUUGGGCUUGUCAAAAAAUCUUGGGGCUUGUUCUCCCCUUAUGUUAGGAGUAUGUUUUGAGCAACGUAUAGUAAUUAUGGACAAUGUAGUUCAUGUUAUUGGUUUUAUGAUGAAAUUUUAAUUUUAA